CACUACAUUUGAAUUCCAAGCCAAUGUCACCACAUGAGCGCUAGAGGGUAGCAGAUGCGUUGUCUAUUAUGUUUCGACAGUGUUUGUCUGCUACUGCUUGCCGUAGUUGCCGGGUAUUGGAGGUCAGCUGGAGGAGGUGUGCGUCUGAAAUAUUUCGUGCAUAAUGUCAUGAAAGUACAGAAAAUAAAGGAAUAUAGCGUUUUAAACAAUUAUGUCAUUUACAAGAAUGUGCAUCGCUGUUAAGCGUGGAACUUCAAUUGUACAAGAAGCGAGAGAAAAGAUAACGAAUUAACGGAGAAAUUCCUCCGUCCGUUUUGUCCUACAAAGAAAGAGGCGCCGAACACAGUUUGACAGCGCAGUCUAAACUGCGCAGGCCUGGCAUUAGAUAAACUGCUGUAGGCGCCAUCAAAGAAUAGAUAUUUAUGAAAGAACAAAGACUUUAUUGAUUUGUGAAUAAAAAAACAGUUGCAAAUAUGAGGAAGGACGUGAGGAUAUUACUCGUUGGGGAACCCAAAGUGGGGAAGACGUCUCUGAUCAUGUCAUUGGUCAGCGAGGAGUUCCCUGAUGACGUUCCCCUUCGAGCGGAGGAGAUCACCAUCCCAGCAGACGUAACGCCAGAGAGAGUCCCCACACACAUAGUGGACUACUCAGAAGCAGAACAGUCAGACGAGCAGUUGUAUCAAGAAAUAUCGAAGGCAAAUGUUAUUUGCAUAGUUUACUCAGUCAACAACAAGAAGUCCAUUGAGAAGGUGACAAGCCAUUGGAUUCCCCUCAUAAACGACAGGACGGACAAGGAUAGCAGGGUACCACUGAUCCUGGUGGGGAAUAAGUCAGACCUGGUAGAACACAGCAGUAUGGAGACCAUCCUGCCCAUCAUGAACCAGUACUCUGACAUUGAGACCUGCGUGGAGUGCUCUGCCAAAAACCUGAAGAACAUCUCAGAACUGUUCUACUAUGCCCAGAAGGCAGUGCUCCACCCUACAGGACCCCUGUACUGCCCAGAGGAGAAGGAGAUGAAGCCGUCUUGUAUCAAGUCUCUAACUCGCAUCUUCAAAGUGUCGGACCUGGACAACGAUGGCAUCCUCAACGACAAAGAACUCAACUUCUUCCAGAGGACGUGUUUCAACAUGCCCCUGGCGCCCCAGGCCUUAGAGGAUGUCAAGAACGUGGUGAGGAAGAACAUGACGGACGGAGUCAAGGACAACGGACUCACGCUCAAAGGGUUCUUGUUCCUGCACACGCUUUUCAUCCAGAGGGGGCGUCACGAGACCACCUGGACGGUGCUGCGGAGGUUCGGGUACGACGACGACUUGGAGCUUCACCAGGAAUACCUGUUCCCCCUGCUAAAAAUACCUGCUGACUGCACCACCGAGCUCAACCACAACGCGUACCUCUUCCUCCAGAGUGUCUUUGACAAGCACGACAAAGACAGAGACUGUGCCUUGUCUCCAGAGGAAGUAAAGGACCUGUUCAAAGUGUUUCCCUACAUGCCCUGGGGUCCCGACGUCAACAACACAGUGUGUACCAACGACCAGGGCUGGAUCACCUACCAGGGUUACCUGUCACAGUGGACGUUAACGACGUACCUGGAUGUGCAGCGCUGCUUGGAGUACCUGGGCUACCUUGGCUACUCAAUCAUCUGUGAGCAGGAGUCCCAGGCAGCAGCCAUCACAGUGACCCGUAACAAGCGCAUCGACCUGCAGAAGAAGCAGACGCAGCGCAGCGUGUUCCGCUGCAACAUUCUGGGAGCCAGGGGGAGUGGCAAGACCAGCUUCCUGCAGGCCUUCCUGGGUCGCAACCUGCUGAAACAGCGGAAGAUCAAAGAAGACCAUAAAUCGUUUUACUCCAUCAACACCACGUAUGUCUACGGCCAGGAGAAGUACUUACUGCUUCAUGAGGUGAUGCCAGACUUUGACUUCCUCUCAGAGGAGGACCUGGCGUGUGACGUGGUCUGUCUGGUGUAUGAUGUCAACAACCCGCGCUCCUUUGAGUACUGUGCCAAGGUCUACAAGCAAUACUUCAUGGACAGCAAGACGCCGUGCAUGAUGAUCGCCUCCAAGUCGGACCUGCACGAGGCGCGCCAGCACUACAGCCUGACCCCGCUGGACUUCUGCCGCAAGAACAAGCUGCACCCGCCCCAACCCUGGACCUGCAACACAGUGGAUGCCCCCAACAAAGACCUCUACACCAAACUCACCACCAUGGCCAUGUACCCCCACGCCAAGCUCCGCUGCAUGUGUACCUGCAACAGGUGCACCUUCUGCAUCUGUCAGAACAUCCUCCGGUCCCAGCUACUGACAAAUAUAAAGGCCAAAUUCUACAGUGUUGUUCUGAACAGGCACAUGGCUCAGGCAGACCUGAAGAGCUCUACGUUUUGGCUAAGGGCAAGCGUGGGGGCAACCGUGUUUGCAGUCCUGGGCUUCGCUAUGUACAGAGCUAUCCUCAAACAACGAUGAUCAAGAUAGACACAGGAUGCAUGAGAUGACCCUUGACCCGCCCCCCACCGCCUAGUCUCUCCCCUUUGACCCCUCACCCCCUCCCUGAAAGAAAACAUGACCUCCAACAUCCCACAAUCCUCUGCCCCCAUUCCCCCAAAAAGAGACAACUACUGAAUGAAACAGAACUUCCAGCCCAUCUGAACCAGCCCUGAUCCCACAUCCACCCUACCGGAGAGGGAACAAACCAGAGAAACCACAUCCACCCUACCGGAGAGGGAACAAACCAGAGAAACCACAUCCACCCUACCGGAGAGGGAACAAACCAGAGAAACCACAUCCACCCUACCGGAGAGGGAACAAACCAGAGAAACCACAUCCACCCUACCGGAGAGGGAACAAACCAGAGAAACCACAUCCACCCUACCGGAGAGGGAACAAACCAGAGAAACCACAUCCACCCUACCGGAGAGGGAACAAACCAGAGAUUGAUUUUAUAUAUUUGAAACAGAAAAAAACGAGUCAUCUUUUGCAAACUGUGUUUUGUUUUUCUUGGGGGUUUUCUUUGGGGGGGAAAUGUCACCACAAACUCACAUUGUGUAUAUUGAACACCAUCUAAUCAAUCUACUGCAGGCAUUCUGGUAUCGUCUGAUCUGGUCUAGUCUUGGGGUUUUUUCUUCUCCAGGUCAGACAGUAGUAGUUGCUGGUUGUUUUUAAAUCUGUGUAGAACCCGGCCUUUUUUCUCAGGUCAGUAUUAUAGCUAGCUGGUUUGACCCCCAGAGCCCGAGAAAGCAAAGAAGGCAGCCGCAUACAACUCACUACAAAAGGGACUGAAAAUAUUUGUUUAUAGAUGUGUGUGUAUAUAUAAACAUAUAUAUAUUUGCUCGGGUACUUAGAGAAAUACCCAACCAGAUUACGGCGUGAACAAAGCUUGCCAGUGAAUAAAGUGAGCCUACAGGAAUAGCUGCAAAGUCAAAGCCAUUUUUAACGUUGAAAAGGUCAUGGGUUUCGUGCACGCGUUUCAAUUGCUAUUAAUUUAUUAACCUGUUUUCUUUGGUUUAUCUGUUUGGAAUGGUUUGUUCAGCAUUGCACGAAACAGACACACUUCAAGAGGAUAAUGCAUUCAUUUUCCAUGUGUUUUUGUAUAUCUAGUAUUAUCAAAGCUGUUAAUAAUGACAUCCAUCAUUCACUUACUCUGAAAGACAAGACUACAAUAUUAUCAUGACUCUAUCUGCUUUUUCCUCCACUUGUUUUUUCUUCUUCUUCCUGUUAUUAAAAUAGCUUUUUUCCUUUCAUAUUAUGAUUCUAUUUUUAUGUUCAACUAUUAUGCCUACAGAUUACACUAUGUUAUUAACAGCCAUGCAGUGCACCUCUGACUCCCUCCUUGAACCAUGGACGGAACUGUUUAUUCUCAUCAUUGACUUUUCCAACAUUUACAAUAAAGAACUGUGUGAUCUGAAA